UGCUUGCCAGUUUGCUUUCGGUCUUUUCCAAGACGGAGCAGCUUUGUUUGGAGCUUUAGAGGCCUCUGCCCAUCGUCAUGGAGGAGCCAUCAGACAUGUUCGAAGAAGUUCUGAACUCAGAGCCUCCCCAGACCAGCGAUGAUCGAGACUCCUGUGAUGACUCAGUCUCACAGUCCGAAAUGUUAGCAAAGGACCUGAAGAAGCUGACACUCAACCCCAGUGCCGAGAAGUCCCCUUUUCAGCCAAUACGUUAUAGUCGCCGCAAGCAUCGCCGCUCCCGUCCCCCAGUGAAGAUGAGGGUGAUGGAGAACAACAGUGAAAAAAUCUUGAGAGCGGUCCAAAGUGCCUUUCCCAAGAGAAGAGUCCGCACACUCCUGUCUGUGCAGAAAGAUCCUGUAGCAAGGAUGAAAAGAUUUAUGCGGAUUGAAAAGACACUAAAAAGCCGUAAUGGAGAGAGGGAUGAGAGUGAGCCGUUCAGAUGCCUCUGCACUUUCUGCGUGUAUCAAGGGUGGGAUCCUGCUGAGAAUGCUAGAAUAGGACAGAAUUAGGAGUCAGUUCAGGGCUAACGUGUACGCUGCUCUUACUGCUGAUGAUGCCAUGCAGCAGGUGUGUAAAGCUUUUUUUAAAAAGAUCAUUAAGUGAUGGAGAUUUGUGAAGUUUGAAUGCACAAGAAUGCCUUUAGUUUGACCCAAAGAAACAAGAAUGAGUCUCAAGUCUGGGGUUAAAUACAGUGACUUGAAACAGUGUCAGUAGAAUUUGGGCAUGGUUUGGUUUAGAAGGUAAUAAUUGGAAUAGAUCUUUGUAUAUUCUAAUUCACAGAAAUUUGUA